UCUCUUCUACACGCAGGUUUUGACUGAUCUUGGUUUUCAUGACAGUGGGAUUUUUUCUCCCCAGGAUGGAAAGUAAGAACCUCUUCCUAAGCCUGUUGCUCUGCUACAGUUUGCUCAGAGCUGCCAGUUCUCACCUGAUAAUCGAGGAGAAGACAGAAUGCAACCUGUCAAAGAACAACAAAAUGAACCUCCCAGAUCUCCCACCCAUCUCCAUCGUAGAUUUAACUAAAAGAUCCCAGAAAGUCAGCAGGAAAGAGGCAGAGAAUAAGAAAUCUUCCAAGAAAAAUGCUGAACUGAAGACGCCUCCGAAACCAAGGCCCACACCUGCAGCUGACUGCGUGCCAAACUUCAAAACCUGCAAACCACACUUGAAUUCAUGUUGUAACUAUUGUGCCUUGUGCAAAUGCCGAAUUUUUCAGACGAUCUGCCAGUGUCUAUUGUUAAACCCGAAGUGCUAAACCAAACCAGGAACACAUUAAGGCUGCUGUCUUUCAUUAGCUUCUCGAGUGUAUAUGUCAAACUUCUAAGGCACGUAGCAAUCAAGGUAGAGAGCUUUGAAGCUGAUAGGUUGGAUUUGCCACUCUUCAAUAGACAAUGAUUUUCUUCAUGGGGUUAAAGCUGUCAUAAACAAAAUGGGUUUUUAGGAAGCUGACAACCAGGAAGAUUGACUUUGAACAGGCAUUUUUAGCAAAACUAACUUGUAUUUAAGAAGAAUCCUGGGUUCUUGUUGUUUGGGGAUUUUUAGGGUUGUAAUUUGUUUUUUUCUUGGUUUGUUUGAGAAGGGUUUUAUUAACCAAAGAUUUCAGUAUUGUAUAACCAGCACUGCAAAACCUGCCCACAAUCUGCCACACUGAAAUAGGACUUGUCAGUCUUGGGUGAGACCAGAGCUCAGGUUUGCCCUCAAGGACAGAACAGCACCAGCUUCCAGCAGAUCCAAUAUGUAAAGCUAAAAAAGCAGGUUUCGUGGUUAACUCCCCCCUCACAUAGUCCACAAAAAUUAGGACUAGAAUCUUUGUAGGUUACUCUAGCUGAAGACAGUAGCAGCAAACUGUUUGCUAGAAACAAGACAUCUUCCUCUUGCUCUUGAAGUUCUUUGCCUUAAUACUGAGUUAUCCCAGAUAACAGCAGAGAACCUUCCCUGGCUAAGCUACCAGGAGAGAGGUGGUAGGUCAUAGGAGAGCAAGGAGGGAGCAGACCUAGCAGUGCCCAACACUGAAGAAAAUUCAUCUUCCAGACUCCAGCUCUCUUGCUUUUCACCUUCUCUGUUCUGCAUCUACCAUGUUCCUCUCUUUCUCCAGCUCUCGUAUGCUCUUUUUCCUCCCAUGGGACUUUCUCGAUUUUAGUCUUUUCCCUUCCUCCCACCGCUAUGGUCAGUCACUGAAUUUUCUAAUGCUCUGCAGGUCUAAUUUGAAGGAAAUUUCUCAGCUGAUUUAUUUCUGAGAGCACUUGAGGACUACAAUAUCGUUCAGGCAGGCAAAGACAAUAUAGAUGAUAAAUUGUCUCUAAAGUGGUUCACGCCUUCUAACAUCAAUCCAAAGCCCAGAUCUUUAAAUAUAGGCUGGGUGUUGACAGAAAUGUCUGUUCACCUUCUUAGAGAGAUAUGCAGUUGACAGAGUUUUGUCUAAGAAAGAGCCUAAAUGAUGACAGGAUGCCGUUGUGUUCCUUAUCCAGCUAUCAUAUAUGAUGCAAGCUUGAAUUCUUUUAAACGUAUGUAACUACUUCUUUUAAUCAGAUAUCCUGGCUCAGGAAUCCAUGAGUUGUGGUAAAAAGAGGAUGAGAAGAAAUAUAACAUGGUGGUGGGCUUUGGGAACAGAAUUUGGCCCCUUCUUUUACUAGGGAAGCUGUAGAAUCUUGACAAGUUGUUUCACAAUUUUCAUAAGAAAGUGUCCUCAGUUGAUACUAAAAUGAUAUCCGUAAUCACACAGCAGUUUCUACCAUGGAAACAAGUACUGUCUAAUCACAACAGGCCACAGAAACCGUGUUUUAACAGGGUGAAUGGAAGCUGUGGAGAAAAUGGAAGGAAGGAGAGCCAAAAAUCAAACAACUUGUGCUGUUCUCUCAACAAGAGCUCCCACUUCAGCUUGGCUGUAUGCUGAGGAAGUGAGCAGCACUGACACCCAGAGUGAGGAGCGAGAGACAUAUAACCUGAACCAGCACGUCCAGGGCGUGAAAGAAAAAGAAAGAUUCUUCCACAUGAGAAUAACAAGAUUUGUUUUUAAACAUAUAGCACAUACUUUAUAAUAUAGCAUUUAUGCAUAGUGUGUUUUGACAGAUUUGGUUUAUUAAUAAGCCUUCUUUUUGUUACUGAAAUUAAUUAAAAAGAGAUUAUGCUUUCUUUGCCAUUCAUCUAUCACACCAAAUAAUACAUAUAAUCAAGUACUCUGAAAUUGUUAUUAGCCUACUUUUCUGGCUAAAGAUCACAUUGCAUGAGGGUAGAAUACAGAAAUCAGUAAGAUAUGUACAUCUACUAUUUGCUUCCUGUAUUUAGUUUCAACAAGUAGUUAUGCUAAGGAGUUGGUUUUAUGUGUAAGAGCGCCUAAGGGAGAUCUCAUCAGCACAGAGAUGAUAACACAUAUGCAGGACUAACAUGGAGUGUUUAAUUUUAAUUGUUGCAUACCAAAAUGUCUUCAUGAAAAACUUACUGAAAUUCAAGUUUAGAAACAGAUCCAGUAAUGCUCCAAGACACAGAGAAAUCUCACUCCUAGAGACCAAUGGAAAUGUUAUCUUGAUUACAACUGAGUAGCAUUAAGUACAAAUAAAUCAUUAUUAGCUUUUCCAAAUAUUGCCUGUCUUGUGGGAAUUUAAAACAGAUACUGUGUUUUCCCAUCUCAAGUUCCAACUUGAUUUCUUACUGUCACGUUCAAAGACCAGAAAAUCCAAGAUGGUCUGGGUCAGUAAAACAAGUGCUAGAAUUCACAUCUUAAUGACUACCAGCUCCAACACCUCAGUAAUUAGCUUGGGAAACAGUGAAAGUAUAGGGAGACCCCAAAAAGGAAAAUAAACAGCUCCUCACGUCAGUCUUUAGGAUCUUCUCAAUAAAACCUUUUCCAAGUUGUCUAUACAUGAGCCAACAGUAUCUGUGACACUACAGCAGCUGAGCGUGAUGAGAAAUGAGGCUAACUUCAUGGUAAAAUUAGAGAUAAAAUAAGAGAACACGAUGGAGAUUGUGAUCAAAGUAGGGAGCCAAGAGGUACUUGUAUGUGCCAUGCCCAAAGCUGGCUCUGUAGAAGCUCUAUUUUGUGGUGCAAAAAUUACAUCAUUGUUAGUCCUAAGGAACAUGCUUCUCAGAGUACUGUGAGAGUGACUGCUUGUGAAAACACAGCCUUGCAGUCACGUUGAGGGUGGGUGCAGGCAUUAAACAACGUCUAAAGCCAAUGCAAAACAAUACUAAAUCAUAAGAUUUUUCAUCAAAGCAUUUCAAGCUGAAUUAGACCACUCUAUGGCCAGAAUUGACUCUGUGAACAUUAAAUAGACAAAUUCAAGAUUUGUUCACAUCCCAAGCCCUGUUUAAUUCAGACACCUAGGACUGUGAGUUGUAGAAUCAGGACUAAACAUUAUUAAAAAUUCUGCUAACAAACACAUAAGCAUUUCAACUUUUUUUCUACUACUUAACUUCAAACAGCCACCCUUGUGGGCAGCCUCCCCCACACAAAGAUCUCUGGGUCAGAAUAAAAGGUAUACAAUUACCUGCUAUGGUUACAGCAUUGCAAAAUCAAAUUGUCAUUAUUAUAACUGGAGCAGAUCUAUCACAAAGACAAUUUCCAAAACUAAAAUUGCAAGUUUAUCAGCUACUUCUUUCCAAACAGAAACAAUCUUUGAUUUUCUGUGUUUUAUUUAGUAGUUUACAAGAGAUAUCUGACCCUUGCAUGAGAUGCAAAUUGCCUUUACUACUGCCCCUGUUUGCUUUUCUAAAGAUACAGAUGAGACAGUCCUAUGUCCUACAUGACGGGCAUGCCACCAGCUUUGCUGAACUUCACGCCACUGAUGAUUUCCCAAUGCUCCCAUCAAUACAGAUCCCCCUGUGAGAGUGGGAUCCCCCUCUCGUCCCUCCAGGGGAUCAGCAGCACCUCUCAGAUCAGUGCCAUCAUCACACUUGCCGGGGAUGCAUGUCUGUAUCCAGUUAGCUGAUAGAAAUGUUGAACAGAACUGGCCCUAGAGUUGAUCCCCAGAGAACAACGCUGGUAACCGUCCACAGCCAGAUGUAGCCUUGUUUACCCCUGGAGCUCUACCAUUGAGCCAGUUCAUCACCCAGCAUAGUAUGAACUCGUUUGUCUCACAGUAGAACAAUAUGUCCAGAAGGGUGCCGUGAAGAACUGUAUCAAAGGCCUUACCAAAAUCCAGAACAGUGACAUCUGCUGCCUUCCCUUCAUCCACCACUGACCAAUACCCAGUCAGUCCCUGAGCAGUGGCCACACCCCCAGUAAAUGUCCCCAUUUUUAUCGUUCUGAAUGAUGCCGUGUGGCAUGGAAUGUCCCUUUGGCCAUUUCAGGUCAGCUGUCCUGGUUCUGCCCCUCCCAGCUCCUCAUACCACCCCAGCCCCCUCACUCGCUGGACAGUACAAAGAGCAGAAACUUUAUUGGCUCUGUGCAGCACCAUUCAGCAAAAACUAAAACAACACUGUGUUAUCAACACAGUGUUUUUUCCUAAAUCCAAAUCAUACAACACUGAUAAGGAAAAUUAAGUCUAGCCCAACUAAAACCAGGACAAUAUGUUGGUAUAGAAGCUCCUGAACCUGCAGCACUGUCUGGAUCAGCACAGAUGUUCCCACUUGCCUUUCCACUCUCUGACAGUAUUGCACCAUCCGUUGGCAUAACCUCAGUGUUCUUAACAGUACCCCCUUCCCCAGUCGAUCCUAGUUUAAAGCCCUCUCCAUCCACCUUGACAGGUUGCAGGCCAAGAAGCGUUUUGCCCAUUGAGACAGGAGGGUCCCUGCAGACCUCUCACGCCAAAGCCUUUUCCAGGGUUAUACAACUCAAAGUUCUGGCACCAGUCUUGGAGCCAGGCACUGAUGACCUGGGCUUGCCUGUUUCUUUCCCUAUCUGUCUUCAUUAGUGGAGGACUGAGGAAAACACUGUGCUCCAGAGUCCUUCAGCUCUCUCCCUAAGGAGAGAUCUUGACCCUUGAAAUCUCUUUUGAUAUACCUCAGGCUUCCUGCAGCUACAUCAUUGGUACCCACUUGAAAGAGGAAUGGAUAAUAGCCUGAAGGCUGUUUCAUGCUUGAAAGCUUCAUGGUAACAUCCCUGACCCGAGCCUGAUGAGGUCUGGCCUGCAGAUGGGAGCCCUCAUUCCCCAGAGGAGGGAGGAAGUCACCUAUGAGAACAACACGCCGCCGCUUCUUCCUGGCAUUGGUUUUGAUGCUGCACUUGCUACAAGGCCUCAGUCAGUUGCACCUUGGAGGGAGAACCCACACAGAUGCCUCUUCCUCCCUCUUUUCAUAUCCCCCAUCUGCCACCCCCAGAGCCUUGUACCUACUCAGCAGCAUAACCUGAGCAGGCAGACAGGCGCUCUGCUCACAGCUCUGCAGAAACUUGCUUCCACCACUCAGGCUCCCCAGGCUGCUGCCAUUACCCUGGUGCAGUCCAGAUGCUGGGCCUGCCGCAGCAGUGGCAGAGGCAGAGCGUGGCUCCCCUGAUCAAUCUGUCACCUUUUCAGGCUCCCAUAUGCUUCUCAGUCUCCCCGCUGCUUCCUGGAGCUUGGCCACCAGGCAGAUCAGCUCAUCUCCCUGGGCACACUGUGUGUGCUCUCACCCUCCAUCUUGGGGCAGCAUCACAGACUGAGGCCUGGGUGUCCGCAUGGGGAUGUCAUGAACAUCCAUGAGUCCUUAUGACCUGAAGGAGCUAAGAGAGAUAUGAAAAUGUAUCCCCUUGCCUUCCUCCCCCUCUGUAACAGACUUCCACAGAAGGAGCAGUUCAGCAGCAUCGGUGCCCAGUACCAUUUCAGACACGUAGGGGCACUGCUCCAGGCUGGCAGACGUGACAUGCGGCCUAGAGGAGACCAUCCCCAUCUGGAGCAGCAGCACGAGGCCAGAGGGACACACUGGGCUUCUAAAAGAGCAACUAAUCAAAGUGCCCUUCCUAAAUUUUUGGUGCCUGCAGAUUACUUUCUGAGGUAAUAUGAAGUUUUUAUUGGCAGGCUUCUCAGAUGAUAUACAGAAGGUCAACAUAUGGCCAAGUCCAACCUCUCCCAAAAGAAAAAAUGAGGUUUUAAACAUUUCUGCAAGACUUCUGAAUAAAAUGAAUAAUAACAAUAAUAAUAAUAAUAAUAAUACAAUUGCUGCAUGACAUAUGCAAGUGUAUUUCUGACCAGGAAAUCCUGAGAUGAUGAAAUCCUGGCCUGAAACACGGGAGCCCUAAAAUGGCUGUAACAGUGUCAUAAAUAAAUGCCACGUGUAAAUUGUGUUAAUACAGAUAAAGUCAGGAAAAGACAAAAAUAUCAUAGAACAUUUUGGGUUGGAAAUGACAUUAAGCAACUUCCAGUUCCAAUCCCUUCUGUGGGCAGGGACAUCUCCCACCAGUUGUGCUUGUCCCCUCAGGGCAGUUCCAGCCCCUUCAAAUCAGUGGAAAUCUUCUAUUGGCUUUAAUUGACUUCUAUGGCUUUAAUUGACUUUAAUAAACUUAAAUAAAUACCUUCGUCACUCUCUUUAGCAUCUGGUGGGUUUAGCCAAUAACUGUUCUUGUGGUACGCUUCUUAUUUUUGGUAGGCUCUUCAGCCAAAUGUCAUUCAUGACUUCAUAUGGGCUUCCCAUCACUGCACAGCUGCCUCAAGUAGCUAAACAGCAGCAACACACCAGUUAUAGCAGUAAUGGGCAGAAGUCAGCCAUGAGAACACACAGCAUCAUUCUUUGUGUUCCAUAGCAAGCACAGCAUUUGUAAAAGGUACAAAUCAUUAAAGACUAAUGGUCUUUCCCCUACUGAAGGUUCAUAGUGAUGACUUCUCCAUUUGGGAAGCAAAUAUUUGCAGUGCUAAAUGAGCACACCAGAUGGUUUCCUUCCCCUUAUUCUCUUCAGCUUGUUAAUCUCCCUCCAUCACUAACAACUUCUUCUAAGCCCAUUUGCUCAAAGGAGUCAUUCUUCAUCUACACAACAACAUCGUGGUGGGGGGUUAGACACUAUUUCAAGCAAAGGCUUCACUGCCAAGACGGGUCAAAAAGAGUUUGAAUUCUGCUCUUUAAAAAAACAUACACAUAUAGGAAGCAAUUUCAGAAAGGAAGAAAAACAGAACCAGCAGAUGGUUGUUCUGACUGGAAGUCAAGCUAAUGCGAAGCAGAUACCUACAAAGAGCACCAACGAGAAACAAAACUCUAGGUGUCAGCCUCACUGCUGCUUUAAAUGUUUCAAAAGGUGCUCCCAAUGUGUGCAUCGGGACAACUGCUCAAGGGAAGAGACGACGUGGCUAUGAACCUAAAGCCCACUAAUACUCUAUUACAGAAAUGAUCCCAGUUAUGAAACAAAAACCAAAGAGCUACAGAAAAGCUGCAGGUUUGCCGAGGAGUGUCUCUGCACUCCACAGAAUGGAACAAAGCUUAAAAACUUUGCUACGGAUUUUCUAAAUACCCUCAAAAGUUUAACCACUUGUAAGAGAAUGGCAGGGAGGGAUGGCAGUCCCCAUGCAGCCCAAAGGAAUGCUGCAAUAUCGUUAACGCGUUUUGAUUUCAUUCUGGAAGUAUUCUUACCUCCUGGAAAUAUUUGUCCUUUUUUAUUUUGACUUUUUGAACAGGUGCUUUUGUUGAAGGAUUAGUGAUUUCUACAGGUCAUUGUAGUUGGUGCUUCUUACAGUUGUGCAAAGUUGUCCAGGGGCAAACUGCGCAACUGAAGAAAUGACUGGGGCUUUACAGCGUACGUGCACUGCAACUGAUUUACCUUAACAAAAAAGCCUCAAAGGCAAAAAAAAAAAACAAAAAACCACACCACCAACAAAAAAAAACAUAUUUGGCCUCUGAGAAACUUCAGAUCAUCCUCCAGAAGAACCAUAAGAACAGGCACAGCCACGAGUCAUGCAGCCAUCAGUGGAACUUCCAUGUGCCCCUUCUCAGACAGAGGUGAUCUCUGUUUCCUAAGGCUGUACCAUAAACAAAGAGCAGGACCUACCCAAGCCUUACUGCAAACCAGCUGCUUUUAUAAAUCACAGGCUCCAGCAUUAUCUGGUUGAGAGAAAUUGAGAAAAAAAUACAUGGGUUCUCUCACACUACUUCUGAUUCAGUGCUGGAGGAAUAAAUACUACACCACUCACCACUUUGGGAAGAAUAGCAUUUCUACUGGUAGCAACAAGGAAAUUAUUAACAGAAAAUAAAUCUGACAGCCAUUUAAGGAAACAUGUUAUCACUCCUCCUGGCCAAAUUGGAGACUUGUCUAAAAGUUAGGAGUACAAUCCUUCAUCAUCAGCUCCAUUCUACCACCAGGUUCACCCACUGCAGGAGCAGCUGCCACGAGUGCGGGGCUCAGCGCUGCCACAUGUAGUGGGCAGGUGGGAGGAGCUGGAGGCAUUAAGAAACAGACAGACAUUGGAUAUAGCAUAGAAAUGAGAAUUUCUCCCAGUGUGGAAUGAGGUUCAUUCGAGCACUACUUUCUUACUGUUUGUUUGGGUUCUUUUUUAAUUCCUGACCUACUUAAAAAUCCCAGUGAAUGCAGCAGGCAGGAAUAGCUAAAUUUGAGGAACAGCGAUUAACUACAGUGGUCGUUGGGCAUUUCCCACUUCUCAGCCCACAAUUGCCAGCAUUUGGGGGAGGAGAGGAAGUUGUAAAUCUGAGUCAAUUCUUAUUUUAUAAACGACAUCACACACCAUACUCUAAAUUUAUUUUUAGAUCUUCUUCCUCGCGCUCUCCACAUUCCUCUGACAUAUUGUACACACUUUCCCAAAGUAGACCUCCAUUAGGCAUGGUCAGGAACCUCACUUCUUUUCUUUUUGCCUUUUAAGAUGAGCCUGCCAACAAGGCUGAGCUCCCCAAGGCGCACUGCACACGUCCAGCCCGGGCAAGCACUGAGCCCCUCGAAUGCUGCAGCCAAGUUCUUCAUUCCCCCUAUCAGAGAGAGCACAUGCAGGCGUACAGCUAAGUGCAUCACCCUGCUCACCCAUCUACCAGACCUGUUGUUUCACAAGCUGAGCACAAAGAUCUCCUUUGUUCCCCACCUUGCACUCCCACCCCUGCACAUGGGAAGGUCUUUCCAAGUGCAACGUGGUGCAAUGAACCACGUCCCACUUCUUUUGGGAUCCAGACCCAGGGAGCCUGUGGCUCACAUUUCAUCCCACGUCUGUGACAUCUGCUGUGCAGUCACAAAAAUGCAAGAGGUUGUAGUCCAUCACUGCCAAAUGACUCAGCAGGCCAGAUGUGGAAUACCAUGCACAGGGCAUCAGCACUGGGGAGGGGGACUUGCAAGCCUCAGUACCUACAGAUGCUGCGCUCAUUGGUGCUAAUGUUUGUCAGUCACUGCUUCCAGCUCAAACCAUUUGUUAAUGGUUUACGGGCGUUUGGCCCGGUUCCAUGACAAAUGGGAUGGGGGGCCCACAGACCCACGCCCUGGGAAAGGGAAAAAGGGUAGGGGGAUGGGCCUAG